AUGCUGCCGAAUAAAACAUGGAUUCUUGAUAUAGUUAUCAAGGAUGGAGACUAUAUAUGGAGCAGUAAUGAAGUAGAAAAUGGCAUGUGGCUAGUUGUUUCAUGUGAUGGAGCACCACAGCCAUUCAGCACAAAUCAAGUAGCAUUUUCAGAUAAACCGCAGUGGGAGUUUCCAUUUCGCCUAUGUUUGGAGUUCCAUGACAUAGGAAAAUCCUAUUUAUAUUUUACAUUAUGCUCAUUUCAAUUAAAUGGGCAAGGAAUACGACCAGUUGCAAGAUCAAGAAUAGGCUUAUAUAGCAUGCCAAUAGGAAGUCCAAAGCAAUUCUCUUUUCCUUUAUAUCAUGCAAUGAAUUCAGCUUGCAAAGUUAUAACUCUGAGAGUAAUAGCUACUUUAUCCGCAAUUACUGCACCAACUUAUCAGCCAUUUGAUGAUUUUUUACUUUUACCUUCUUCUGGAAAUUUCUCUAUAGACAAUUUCCCUACAUUUACGUAG